AUGAUCCCAAUCGCAAGAAAUUCGGCUCUGCGGGCCGUCCGCUCACAAUUCCACCCAUCGCGGACCUUUAACCAACCCACACCCUCGGCGCUCGCUCGCCUUCUCUCGACUCUCGCCGUCCUUGAGCAGCGCGAUGGCAAGCUCCAGAGCUCCUCUCUUUCGGCGAUCGCAGCCGCACAGAAGCUAGGUGGAUCGGUUACAGCGUUCGUGGCUGGUAGUGGUGUGAAGGGAACUGCUGCUGCCGAGGCAGCUAAGAUUAAGGGCUUGGACAAGGUCGUGGCAGUGGACAGCGACGCUUACGAGAAGGGUCUGCCAGAGAACUACGCUCCUCUUCUCGUAGAGAACAUCAAGAGGGGCGAAUUUUCGCACGUCAUCGCGGGACAUUCGGCCUUUGGAAAGGGUCUCCUGCCCCGUGUUGCAGCUUUGCUCGAUGUGCAACAGAUUUCCGACAUCACGGCGAUUGAGGGCGAGGACACUUUUGUUCGCCCUAUCUAUGCCGGAAACGCUAUCCUCACCGUGCAGUCGUCCGAUCCUAUCAAGGUGAUCACUGUCAGAGGCACCGCAUUCCAGGACGUUGAGACCGAGGGCGGCUCUGCCGAGAUUGUCGAGGGUGUCGACCCCAAGUCUCCCGCCCAGACUGAGUGGGUGUCUGAGGAACUUGCCAAAUCCGAACGCCCUGACUUGGCCACCGCCUCUCGCGUUGUGUCUGGCGGCCGUGGCUUGAAAUCAAAGGAAGAGUUCGACCGCGUCAUGGUGCCCCUGGCUGACGCCCUGGGCGCUGCUAUCGGUGCCUCUCGUGCUGCUGUCGACAGUGGCUUUGCCGACAACAGUCUCCAAGUGGGCCAGACCGGCAAGAACGUCGCCCCUCAACUCUACCUUUGUGCCGGUAUCUCGGGUGCUAUUCAGCAUCUUGCUGGUAUGAAGGACAGCAAGGUCAUUGCCGCCAUCAACAAGGAUGCCGAUGCUCCUAUCUUCCAGGUUGCUGACGUUGGUCUCGUUGGUGAUCUGUUUGAGAAGGUGCCAGAAUUGACUGAGAAGUUGAAGAGCCAGGCGUAA